UCAGUAAAUAUCAGAUAUUGAAUAGCUGUUCAUUGUAAAUCACAUUUUUAAGUAAAUAUUUUAGUUGCUUUUCGCGCUUUGUCGUGAAGCGAAUUUUAUGCGUGUCUAUUGUCGAGGGGACAGUUUCAGUUGAACGAGUGACACCAUGCACAUCGCACUACAUACAAACGCUUAGAAAAUUUAUUAAACAAUAUAAAACUUAUUAAGCAAUUUCUCGUGACGAAAUAAAACUUCAUUUAAAUAAAUAAAAUACAAUGCACAUUAUAACCAAAAACCAAAAAAAUUGCAUCAAAAAAUUAAAUAGCGAUUAAACAAAGUUAAAACAAAAAACAAAAAAAAAAAACGAAAAAAUCGCAAAAAUACUAGUAAAUAAAUAAACAAAAAUAUUGCGUAAAUAAAUCAAACAAAGCAAAACAAAACAAAAAUAAAAAAAAUGAUUUCCGCAACGCCUUUUAUUCGACAGAUUUACCUGAGUGCCAACACGCUGUGCUUGAUCGUCGGCUUGAUUAUGACUUUGCUUUGCGUUUUCUUCAUGGAUUCUGUGCAGAAUUUGCAUUUGAUUUAUUGCAUAUUUGGUCUAAUUGUUGGUGCUCUAACGGUGUUCUCAGCUUUAGUGGGCUAUCGUGCUAUUAAACCGCCGAAAGCGGCUUGGAUGUGGUUGUAUUUUGCUUUACUUGCAAUUUUAUUCGCCAUCCAAAUGUAUGUGGUAAUACAGUACGAAGCCUCCAGCAUAGUUGCAACGACACUUGAAGAAGUUCAAUCGCUGUGGAAAAGGGAAUUGGUGAAGGAAGGCCCAAUGGCUGAUAUUGAAAGUCGGUUUCAUUGUUGCGGCUUACAUAAUUCCAGUGAUUACAUAACUUUGAAUUUGCCACUGCCUGCGAGCUGUUUUUACACGGAGAACAAUGCCUGGACUAAUUAUAAUGAGGGUUGUUUGGAAAAGGUGAAAUUUGCCGCUGAUAGAGCAAGUAAUGCUCUGUCUUUCACGGGUUCUGCCUUAGCUGCAGCGCAGCUCGUGGCACUGGUGUUUUCAUUCAUACUGACACUGUUAUAUCAUCGAAGAGGAGAUUAUGAAAUUCUAAGUUAAUAAUUAAUAUAGAUCUGUAUUG